UUUAGCUGAGCAAAUGAAACUGCUCUUAAAAGGACUAUUGUAAGUUACGCCGGCGGGAAGCUAGCAGCUGUUAAUAGAUUCACAGAAACAUCUACUGUUUAAAGAUUAACUGUCACCCGAAGAAGGCGGAAGUGUCCCUCCCACCUGGCAUUUUUGUUUUUUUAAACUGAGCAAAUGAAACUUGGAUCUUAAAAGGACUUUAUUGUAAGUUACGCCGGCGGGGAGCUAGCAGCUGUUAAUAGAGCCACAGAAAUGAUAGCUACUGUUUAAAGAUUCGAGUAUUCAACGGACGAAAGGAGGCGCCAUGGUGACCAGCCAGCACAGCAGCCCAGAUGAGCCAGAUGAGAGGAACGAGAACGUGAAGACCCUGAAACAUUUGCCUUGCUAUGGCACCUUGGGAGACGCCUGCCCCACUUGCCGUGGCACGGGAAGAAUUCCAAGAGGCCACGAAGACCAGCUGGUUGCUGUCAUCCCCUGUAACGACAAAAGACUCCAGCCCAGACGCACGAAGCUGUACGUGUGCGUGUCCAUGGUGCUGUGUCUCUUCCUCUGCUGUCUCAUCCUCUUCUUCCUCUUCCCUCGGAGCGUCACCCUGACGCCUGUGUCCGUGCUGUCCGUCAUGGUCUUCUUCACCCCGGACGCCGUGCAGAUGGAGGUCACGAAUCUCAUCAACAUCGUCAACGAGAACUUUGUCCCGGUCCAGAUUGUGGAAUUUGACGUCCAAGGCCUGGUGUCCCACGUGGUCAUCAGCAAGACCAAGCUGUCCAACAUGUCCACCAUCCCGUCCCGCUCGCAGAAAGCGUACACCUAUCAAAUUGACCUGCCCAUUACGGACAAAGGCCUAAGCACGUACUGCCAGUCCAGCGCCAUCAAGAUCCACACCUUGUUCGUGGAGCUGCAGAUGACCAUGAACAUUUCCUACUUGUCCCACACGGAGCAGCUGUCGGUGGACACGUUCGAGUACAUCGACUGCGGCACCAACUCCACCACCCCGCACCCGGUCAGAUGAUCUCCUCCAACCGCAAACCUUUUUUUUUUUUUUUAAACACGCUUUAACGGCGAAAGCACUCAGACCGCCCCUAAAAAGGGAACCAAAGCACCUUUUGCUGAAAUGUCAAAUUAUGUGGCACUUUCUUGAAAGAUGUGCUCAUGUAGGGAAGGCAGUGUCUGCCAUCAUUGCACUUUAUUCUAACCAAGUUCAUUUCAGCUUCUGUCUAAUGUGAAUAUGUAACAUGGAGGAUUUGAAUGAUGUUGCCAUGACAGGUAAUGAUGCUAAUGUCGCUAAAAAGGAAAAAUAACUACACCAGGUAGAUUUUAUUAUCACCCACAUAUGUCAAAAUCUUCCAUCUGUACCUACUUUUUUUUUCUUCAUCUAUUUCAUUUUGUACACCAAAAAUACUAAAACGGGUUUCAUUUUUGUCAGCUGACCUCACAUUGUUUUGCCAACAAUGUAUUUGGCACUAGUGCAGACAAAAGUACCGUAAUGCCUCGCCACUGUGAAUUUUGCAGCUUCAUUUUAUCAUGGAUGUUCAAACAUGCAUUAAUAAAUCUUGCUGUGGUCAUCAAGGUUGAAUACGGCCUAUUAUUACAGUAGUCAAAAAUGCAUAUUUAAGCCAAUUUUAGUUUUGGGUUUUGUUUUGUUUUGGGUUUUUUUGCCUAGAUGAAACAUUUUCAAGCAUAAUAUUUGCUCAAUUGGGAGUGUCCAGGGGUUUUUUAUUGGCCCGUGGCACAUUCUAAAAAUACUAGCGCUGUCAAAAAUAACCCGUUAACAUUGGUAGCUAAUUUAUGUAAUUACGUUAAAAAAAUGUUUAGUAUAAUUUUAACGCAUGCGCACCAGAGCAAGCGCGCCUCUGUUAUGACGGGGUGAGGGGGUAUACACAACUAAAGUGGCUCCACAAACCCAGGCUUUGUGUUCAAGAUGUAACUCGACAAAACCUAACGUCCGCAAUCAGACUUAAUUGGUCCCGCGACGGUGGUUAGCAGCUUACGUUGUCAAGACGGGUUUUCGGCUUUGUGCGAAGAGCGCGUUCACAUGAAAGGGGGCGUUUCCACUAAAAAGUGAUGCGAUCCCAGCCAGUGUGUUUUGCAAGAAAUGAGUACGUAAUUAUUAUGGAACAUCAUGCGGGGUCAUGGACAUGCAUGCUCUCCCCGUGUGUGUGUUUCUCCGGGUACUCCGGUUUCCUCCCACAUCCAAAAACAUCUUAGGUUAAUUGGUGACUCUAAAUUGUCCAUAGGUAUGAAUGUGAGUGUGAAUGGUUGUUUGUCUAUAUGUGCCCUGUGAUUGGCUGGUGACCAGUCCAGGGUGUACCUGUCGCCCGAAGUCAGCAUGCCCCCGUGACCCUAAAGCGGUAUAGAAAAUGGAUGGAUGGAUCAUGAGGGGUUCUGAAAAGAUUCUGACUGGUGAAAGCAACACUGUCGCCGCCAAUACAGCGAGGGAGGACUGCUGGCAUGCCAGCAUGCUGCAUGUGAAUGUGCAAGUCAACACACAUUAUUCUAAAAACUAUACCCUACUAACGCUCAACAUUGCACAACUUUGACAUAUUAACACUUACGCAUUAAAAAAAAUAAAUGCAUUGGAGCAACAGCUUUUGUUUUUGAUGCUAUAGUUUCAUUAAAUAUUUUUUUAUAUUUAGUUGUGACCACUAGGUGGCAGUGUUUUGCGUGUGGCGACUU